AUGAAUCCUAAAAAAGCAUAGAAGAUCAAUAAGUUUGAGAAUAAUUAAGCUCUGAUGGAAGUGCAUAACUCAUUAAUUGAACUUUACCUAGACGUGAAGGUUAGAUCAAAUGAAGAGAUAGUUAACUUAAAUGAUGACUAAUUAGAGAGGGAGUAGUAAAAGCUACUAGAAGUUGAUACAUUAUCUUUAAUAGAGUAUAUCAAAACAUCGAUCGAGAUCCUACUGAAUCUUAAAAUGGAAACAUCAAUGUCCGCCAAUAACUACUCAAACAAUAAAAAGAGAACUUCUGGUAACAACAGAAUUAACACUGAUACCUCUAAUUAAUUAGACAAUUCAUAGCUUACCAAUAAUAGUAAUUAUACCUCCACGACAAAUGGUUAGAAGGAACCCCCAAAAGCAUAUGAGGAAAUAAUCCAGAAAUUGGAAAAUGACAUAAGAAAUCACAUUAGAGUAGAGCAAUAAAUGAAAAUAGCUAUGGAGGCACUUUAGUAAAAGAUAGAGGAUAAAGAUCGAGAAAGAGCCAAAUUAAGGCAAGAGUAUAAGUUAUAUGUGCAGGAACUAAAACUAGAUAAGAAAAGAUACAUUGAGUUACUCGAAUUAAGAGAUCAAGAGAUGACUUAGCUGAACGAUAGACUCAAAAAAUAUGAUAACAUGGAGAGGGAUUAUUAGACUUAAUUAAAGAAAAUUGGAACAUAGUUGGAAGAAUUUAAGACUAGGGAGAGGAGUAACUCUAAUAACAAUGAAUGCGUUACUCAUCAAAAUAAUCUAUCCAGAUCACUUGAAAGACCAAGUAUAUAAUAUACUACGAGCAGAGCAUCAAUCGUAAUAAACUCUCAUAAUAACUAAAACAGUCAGACAUUUUUAAAAAAGGGCAGCAGCAGCGGAAACUUGGCUUUAGGCAUGAAUUAAUCAGGUUUUGUAAGGAAGAAUAGUCUAAAUAACAACAGCAAUAGCAAUAACAAUAAUAACACUAAUUCAAGAAAAAGUCCAGAUAGGCAAACAAUUCUUAUAGCUUAAAGCUUGAACCAGAGUUCAAAGGUAAAGACUCUAGCAAAUAGUAAUAACAGCAGUCAGAUUAAAAUAAACAUGAUUGAUGCUUUGAAAAAUAGAGACUUAGGAGCAAAGAAACAAAGCUUUUUAUCGACCAAUAAUAAUAGCAAUAAUCCAUCGAUUUCUAAAUUUUAAGGUUCAAGUGAGUUGGUUGGCGGUCAUAGAAAGAGUAAUUCUUCAAACAUGUCAAGUACUCAAAAUCUGACAUCACUUAAAGGCCUUGCUAGUUAAAAAAGCAAGAAAAGUUUAGAUAGAUAAUAAAAUAGUCAAAAACAAGCACAGCAGUAAAACUAUAAUAAGUAUGCAGUGCCUACAUAAAGCGUAGUUGUAUAAAUCAAUCCACAUCAAUCAGCAUUUAAUAACUUAUAGCAAUAAAAUAAUUCAAGACAGCAAAAUCUAAUGAGUAAAAAUCAAAUGCCUUAAACUACAUAGCAGUCUUCUUACAGCAUACUUAGUGCUGCUGGCAAAAUUAACCAAAAUAAUGCUGUCAAAGAUGAGUAUGACAGUCAUCUGCUAAUAGGCAACGAUGAAUCCUUUGGUAAUACUACUCAUAAUUAUUGCAACCAAAUCUAAGAUACCGAUAUUGGGGAAAAUAAUCAUAUCUAGCAAGUGUUGCCAUUGAAUUAAAACUUAGAAAAUAUUCCUCAUCACAAAUCAAGAGCAAAUAGUUCUGGGAACGCUUCAAGUUACUCGUUAAAUAAUACCACUAGAAUGAGAUCAAAAGAGAAUCAAAAUAAUCAGGGAACCAAGCUGAUAAGUUCAAAGAGAUAAGCUGCUGGCACACAGUUAUAAUGCCAUGUAAACCCUACUAAUGAUAGUAAUAAACUGAGCUCAACUCUUAAUGUAGAUCUUUCAAACAUUCAAAAAGGAUCUAUCCAGUAACCUUCAAACUAUAAAGACUAGAGAGUUCUUAAUCAGAGCAGUAGUUAGAAUAAUCUAGGCAACGAUAAUAGGCCUGCUAGUGCUGCAACUUAGAGUUUAUAUACAAAGCUAUUUUUGACUCAAAGAAAAUGA